AUGUCUGUGAGACAGACGCAAUUCGAACGCUGCCUGUCAGGGCUUAUAAUUUUGUUACUUUUAGUUAUUGCAACAAACAUAAGAUGUAAUGCACAAGAUUAUGAUUAUUCGGACCCCAAGCCCGAACCUACUCUCGAUGCCACACUUGAAUCUCUGGAAACUGAGGGACCCGAAUUACCAACGUUCCCUGAAGUAAUAGCGGAGACAGAAACUGGGCCAGAAACGUUGUCAGAAAUCGAAGAUGUACUUGAAACAGAUCUUCCUACACUCGAAGAAGAUAAACCAGAAGAGGAGGAAACUUCACCAGACAAUAAGGUGGAAGCUACACCAGGAGGAGAUGUCGAAACAGAUACUCCGAUAAGACAUGAAGUUACCGACAUUGAUGCAACAGCUCAGGCAGAACCUGAAUCAGAUGCCCCGAGUGAAACUCCUGCAAAACCAGAUGCUACAGCCGAGGCUGCAAAACCAGACGCUACAGUUGCGGAUGCAAGACCAGACGCUACAUACACGGAUGCAAAACCAGACGCUACAGACGCGGCUGAAACACCAGACGCUACAGCCGCGGCUGCAAAACCAGACGCAACAAAAGAAGCAGCAGAGCCCACAGUACUAGCUUCCACUCAACCAGAACCAGAUGCUGAUUCAAAACCAAUCACUAAACCGAAAGAUAAGAAACCAAAGAAACCCAAGAAAAAAUCUGACAAAAAGAAAAAGAAAAAGAAGAAGAAGAAGAAAACACCAGAAAAACCGAAAUCGGCAGAACCAACUACAGAAUCUAAAUCGACAGAGACGCGUCCCGUAGAACCUCAACCCACCGAACCCAAGUUAGUUGAGCUACAAACCGAAGAAUCGAAGCCCGUGGAAUCCACACCCGAAAAACCUCAGAUUGAAGUUCCUGAAGAAAAAACUCCUGAAGAAAAAGCCCCUGAAGUAAAAACUCCUGAAGUAAAAACUCCUGAAGAAAAAACUCCUGAAGAAAAAGUUGAGAAAAAGCCCGAAGAGCCCGUAACUCAAGGACCAUGUAUCGAUAUUUAUACGAAUGCACAGAAACGUCAAGCCUGUCAGGGCUCGUGGAAGGAACCAGUGCAUGUAUUGAAUCUGCAAGUGGACAAACUAAAAAGUGACAACGAAAAAUUGUGGUUGCAGGUAACCAAAAUCCAUGGCAAAAUCAAGUACUCUCGGAGUAUAAUUCAAGAGUCACAUAUCUCUUCAAAUACUUGGAAAAAACGGGUUGCUUAUCCUGAUGCUACAAGCGACGAAGAAGUGGACAUAAAAGACUGCAGCGAUGCUUUAAGCAAAGGACAUGAAAAGGCCGGAGUUUACCUCCUAAAUCCAGAUGAGUCUCCAUACACUAUACGUGCUUUCUGUGUUAAGGGGUGGACAGUUGUGCAGAGACGUUUCGAUGGAUCAGAAGACUUCGACAGGGAUUUCGAUGAUUACUUGUCUGGAUUUGGCAAUUUCUCUGGAGAGUUCUUCCAAGGCCUGGAAAAUUUGUACAGGUUGACCAAAAACAAGCCCUAUACUCUACGCGUCGAUGCUAAAGGUUCCACUGGAAAAUGGUACUAUGGUGUCUACGAAGACUUUAGCUUGUCGGACGAAUUAGACGAAUACCGAAUUUCUCUUGGCAAUAUGACUGCUGGAAACUACCUUGACGGCUUCCAAAAUUCUCGUGGCAAACAGUUCUCAACACGUGACCGUGACAAUGACGAUUGGAGAGCCGGUAACUGUGCUGAACAUUACGGAGGUGGCUGGUGGUCGAGCACAUGCAGUACAAAUCUUAAUCAGAUGUGGUGUAAAUCAGGCUGCAUGCGGUGGGCUGCCAAACACGUAGUCACUUCACUCAUUCGUAUCAAGCCUUCAAGUGAUGUAGAACAAGAGGACCUUUCCGAGAAUCCAAAUCCUGGUGGUUUGACGCUGGACAAAUCUCCCGCGUAA